UAAGCAGCUUAGCUUUCUCUCUCAGCUUUCAGCUACGUCUGUAUCCACUCCACAGGCCUAUUUGUUGUUUAUACUAUGUAUGUCUGUAAUUAGAAAGUCACUUGUUUCGCGAUUAAAUUUAGUGAUACUGUGGGUUGAUAUUUGCUGAUUAAUAUCCUGAAUUGAUAAGCAAUAAGCUUAAAUUUGUACAGUUUGACUAAGAUUGAGAAAAUGCAACAAGCCGGGGGCGAUCACAUGAAUGGGUUCAGCACAGGUGAGGAGGAUUCUAGAGGCCCUCCAGACCAAGUAUGUUGCCUUGUGGAUGACGGUCUACGUUGCCACAGACCAGCAGGCAACGCCUCCUACAGUAAGAGAAUCCAGAAGACAGUUACCCAGAGGAGACUGAAGCUCCACUUGGACCAAGUUGCCCGUCACAUAUACAUUUGCGACUACCACAAGGGUGUGAUCCAAUCGGCACGCAGCAAACGUCGUCGCAAGGACUCCGAAGACGACUCUAACGAGACGGACACGGACGUUCCCGAGGUAGACAUGUUCCAACUACAGGUCAACACGCUGCGUCGCUACAAGCGUCACUUCAAGGUGGCCACUCGACCGGGACUCAAUAAGGCACAACUAGCUGACUGUCUGAUGAAGCAUUUCAAGACGAUUCCUGUUAACGAGAAGGAAACACUCACCUACUUCUUCUACAUGAUCAAAAACAACGGAAACAAACUGGAUCAAAAGAACGGAGGAAGUGAACACGGUUCUGAAAGAUAAACUCGUAAUUUUUUUCAGUGACAAAUCUACUAAUGUAUUUUUCUUAGCUAUAGUUGAAACUUGACUACCUUGAGCAUAGUUCUAAAGCUUUGUAAGAGUAAACAAUUUCAUCUUGUUUAAUUUAUCAUCGAUGUUUAUCUGUUUUGUAUAAUUAAAUGUUGUUUUAUUUA